AUGUUGGCAACUCUCAUGAAAUACAACGGCUCUCGUGCUGCAUCCACGAUCCCUGCAUUGCAGAAACAGUACAAUGGGAGCACUGGGCUGUACGACACGACAGGCCGGUGGAACAGUGCGAAUGCUCAGGGAGAGCCCGUGGCCUUCGCUGUCAUCGACCCGGCUCUGAAUACUGUCGCUAAUCAAGUGUACCCAAUCCCAGACGGCGUGGCAGUGUCGGCUUAUACCAACUUGUCCCUGGAAGUGGCCACGUUCCUGCAACCCCCUUUCUCCAUCAUUGAAGGCAAUUCUGACACUGGCUCCGAAGCUGAGGCAGAGCACCAGGGUUGCCGUGGAGGCGCAACACCGCUCAACGCAGCGCGGCAGUUGCGUGAGAAGAUCGGCGCACCAGAUGGAGACGCGGCUGGGGGUGUAGGUCUCAUUUUAGGACUGGUGUAG